UCAAAAGCCAGCAACUGGAGAGCCCUGCGGCCUACUUCCUUCCUUCGUUCCUGCCUGCCUCCCUUUCUGUUCCACUUUCUUUUUCUUUGCAAGUUGCCGAGCCUGAGGCGUUUGCAUUUUUCUUUCCUUUUUCUUUUUUUUUUUCAGUAGAAACCACCAAAAAGGUAAAUAAACGAAGCUCAGACGAUUCGUAACUCAAUUCUUGUCAUCAGAGAUGCUUGACUUUGAGCCUAAAUUCUUGAGCCAGUCUUUUUGCAAGUAUAGUGUACUACUCCAUGAAGGGCUUUGAUAUUUGUCGUUUGUUGAAGUAGCAAGAGGAAUAGUUUGGAGCACAGAAGUUUAACCUUCUUGAGUAUUGCUUUUUGGCUGUUAAUGUUCAAACAUGGAAGCAACAGAAGUAUAGCAGUGAUUCUCCCAGUACUUUCCUGAUUUUUCCAACUUUUUCUGUGUCAGAGAUUUGUGAUAACUUUCUGGUUUUUGCCCAAAAAAAAAAAGUACAUUUUUUUAUUGUUCUUGGAGCUUCAAGAAGCAGAAGACUAUAGGAGCACCAACCUAACACUACCAUGCCGCUGAAGACUUAACCUCUAAAAAUUCAGCAUUUUUGUACUGUAAAGCGUUUUUGCCCCUGCCUCCAUAUUACUAUUAGAUCUUGAUAGCGGGAAAACAAAUUUAUCUUGCAAUAUUGGUUGUAAUGCUAAGAAAUAGAUCAAGGGCGGUGACCAACAACCAAGCUCUUACGAGCGACUACCACAGCUCUCUAGUUUCUUCUCCCACCACCCCAACUCAAAACACCACUUGCAUCGCUUCAUCUUUCUUGAGGUCCCCGAGGAUUUUCGAUGGCAUCUUGGCUGGUAGAAGUCUCUCUGACGCUGACAACGCAAAGAGCCCUACUUCAAUUCUUGACGCCAAGCCAUUCUCCAAUUUUGUCAAACCUUUCGGGUACGAUAGAAACUCUUCGGGCAAAUCCCAUAGUUCUUCUUUAGAUAAUACUGGUACUAAUAAACACACCUACGAGAAGGGAGGUGGGGUUGGACUUGCACUAGUUGACUCUUUGAAUGAUGAGAAAUAUGAUGCCAAUUUUUCGAAGCCCAAUAGCAAGAUGGUUCUGUUUGGAGCAAAGCUAAAGGUUGGAAUCCCUCCACUUCCUUCCUCGGCAUUUUCUUCAGGUGCCACUCCAAAAUCUCCAGCUGACUUUGGGAUCAAGACCAGGAAUUCAAUAUGCUUGGGUUCUUUAUCUGGGCUCGGCGGCUCUCCAAGUUCUUGCAUCAGAGGAAAAGAUCCUCCAGUGGAAUUAGCUGAGGGGCUUUCUCUGAGUGAAAUGGAACUUUCUGAGGACUAUACUUGUGUGAUCACUCAUGGGCCUAGUCCCAAAACGACCCAUAUAUUCCACGACUGUGUUCUGGAGAAUUGCUGCGGAGUGGUCAAGUUGUCCGACUUGGAAAAGGAUGGUGGUCUUUUAACUGAUGAUCCCACCUCUGUGCCGUUCAAUUUUCUGAGGGACUGCAAUUCUUGCAAGGACAAUCUUGGAGAUGGCAAGGAUAUUUUCAUGUACAGGAGUGAGAAAGGCGAUUGCUGUCACGAGAUGGAGAGAAGAAUUUGGAGGUGAAAGAAUGAUUAUAUCAGUAGAGUCAUCUGAGGAUUUAGACAUUAUUAUUGCUGCCUAAAGGAUACUUAACAUGAGAAGAAGAAAAAAAGAAGAAAGAGUUGCGGAUUUCCAAACUGAGACCUGUGAUUAUUGUGUGCUGAAGGAUGGAUUAUGGAUUGAUUACCUUAUUAUGCCUAACGCAGGCAGGGACCUAUAAUUCAGCAAGUCAAAAGGCUGUUACGUUCUAUUUUGUGGAUGAUAGAGAAUUUGUGUGUUUUUUGGUGUUUCUCUUUCGUCCUCUCCCCUUGCGUACAAAAUUUCAAUCACAAAAGAAUAAAAACAUUUGCAAUUAUAAUUUCUCUCAUACGGAUAGGGAGGAAAGAAUGUACCUAUUUGAAUUAUAAUUCUAGCGAGUGAUGCUAUUGCCGAUUUGAA